AUGCUGCUCUGCCUCACCCUGCUUCUCCUGGCGGGGUUGCCUGCCUGCACUGUGGCAGAUGACAAGAAACUGGCACUCGGUGGCACUAAAGCAGGGUCUUCGGUAACCGUGACCCUGGAGGAAGGUGUUGUCCCCAGCAUUCAGCUCCAGCUGCAGGAGGUGAAGAGGGACAAAGCCAGCCAGUUCUUUCCGCUGAUGGGGAAGCAGGCGGGAGGAAUACCUCCUAUCCAGCCAAAGAGAAAAAUGGGCAGAGGAUGAGGACCACGGGCCAGAGUGAGAGCCCCCAUCCCAUGCUUCCCAGAGAUGAAAACCCUUCUCCACACCUGGAUGCUAUAGCUGACCGGCCGGCCAGGCCAGCUCUCUUCUCUGUGGGUCUGUCCUGUGCUCAACACUGGCACGUCCCGCCAGGCUCGCGGUGAACACCGUGGGGUUCCUUCCAGGACUCUCGGUCUCAAGAAGCGGUCAUGCAUACAUGGGCACAGUUGUCAGUCUCAUGCCGGAGGGACCUUGUCCUCCCUCAGCACUCUUAUUUCAUUGCAGAGCAGGAUGUCUGCCCCCGCCCCUUCUC